CCCGCCUGGGCUGCAGAGCUGCGGGAGGGGGAAAAAGAGGAACGGGAGGCGGGGGAGCCUGCGAGGCGGAGGCUCGUGCGCCUGCGCAUCCAGCUUCAGGGACCCUAGGUUUUCUAUGGGAUUCCCAAUCUGCAGCAGAGAUUCACCCGAGCGUGUUGCCGCGGCGGCUGGGCUUGCAAGGCGCGAUCCAAGCGAGAUUUAAGCAGCCGGAGCUCCUAGAAAAAGAGAGCGAGAGAGAACCACUCACAGACGGUUUAACUGUUUGCCCGAAUUAAAUAUAUAUACAUAUAUAUAUUCUUAAAAGAACUGUUGAGUUUUAUCAUUUUCGUUAAGUGACCGUGCGCAGCGCUAUAACUGCAGAAUGGGGAAACAGAACAGCAAACUGGCUCCUGAAGUCAUGGAAGACCUGGUGAAGAGCACCGAGUUCAAUGAACAUGAGCUCAAGCAGUGGUACAAGGGGUUCCUCAAGGACUGUCCAAGUGGGAGGCUGAAUCUCGAGGAGUUCCAGCAGCUUUAUGUGAAGUUCUUCCCAUAUGGAGAUGCCUCUAAGUUCGCUCAGCAUGCCUUCCGCACCUUUGACAAGAACGGGGAUGGCACUAUCGACUUCCGAGAGUUUAUCUGCGCCCUGUCCAUCACUUCCAGGGGCAGCUUCGAGCAGAAGCUUAACUGGGCUUUCAACAUGUAUGACCUGGAUGGAGACGGCAAGAUCACUCGGGUGGAGAUGCUGGAGAUCAUCGAGGCUAUCUACAAAAUGGUGGGCACCGUGAUCAUGAUGAAAAUGAAUGAGGAUGGCCUCACGCCUGAGCAGCGAGUGGACAAGAUUUUCAGCAAGAUGGAUAAGAACAAAGAUGACCAGAUUACACUGGAUGAAUUCAAAGAAGCUGCAAAGAGCGAUCCUUCCAUCGUAUUACUUCUGCAGUGCGACAUUCAGAAAUGAGCUGAUGUCAAUGCUAUGGACUACACAGAAGUCUUGAUGUUCCACUCAGUCUGCAGCUAUACACACGCACACACACACACACACCCCCACACACACACAAAUUGCUUGGACUACCUAUAAAUGGACUUGCUUCUUGUGUUUGAAACACUUGUGUGCAUGAGAAUGUCAUUUGCUAAUGAAUUUUAAAAGUACAUAUUAUAAAACAAAACCAACAACCUACCACAAUGUGAGAUGUGUAAUAUCAUUUCAUUAAAAAACACCCUCCUCCAAAGCCUGGGCAGAAACAUGCUGCAAAGAGUUCUAUGAUUUCUUGUACGUGUUUUGCUAAUGCUUGUGUCUCCUUGAUUACAUAAUGUUAGUAGCACUGAGAUCCCCAUGAUAAUGUAACUUAAUUAUGGGCUGUGUCACCAUUCUCCUGUAAAAUAGUACUGGUCAGACAUACAGGAGGGGCCCUUGGCUUCCCUGUCUGGUCCCCACACAAGAGCUUGUAUUAUCAAUGAAUAUAAAUGUAGUACAUUUGCAUGCCUUUUGGGUUUGCCUUAAUUCUUACCUCAUUUGCAUCCUCUCAAUCUGGAAAGAGCUGUUUUGGAUGAAUGCAGUAUAAACUUAAAAAUCCUGCUAAAUGAUUCAUUAAUUAAGCAUAUCUAUCUAUAUAUAAUAGAACAAAGAUAUUUAUUGAAAGUAAAAAUUGUAAUGAUGAAACUAUAUUGAUUUCUGCUUGACUUUUCAAAGGCUUCCAGAAAGGUGGCAACAGAUGUCCUAAAUAAAUUUCUAACAUUUGAUUUACUUCCCUAAUUCUUAUUUUAUAAUUUUCAGUUUGGUAUUCAUAAUAGUCUGGGGCCUGCUGGCAAUGACUCUCUAAAUCUACCCUUAAACUUUGGAAUCUGAAGAACGAAUGACAGACAACAAAAGGGAAAAAGUCACUUUCUAAUUCUUAUCCAGCCCUCUCCCCCAAAGAAGGACAAAUAAUAUGGCAUGUAAUAUUUAAAGAAAACAGAAGACGUAUUCAUUCUGGAAAAAAAAAUUCUCAUUAUAUGACAAUAAACUAUCUCAGUG